AUGCUAUCCUCUCGGCUUUCCCUCAUCACCACUGGGAUGCUAAACUUUCUGCUGUGGAUCAGCCUGCUGUCUCCGCAAGUCUGCUGUCAAGAUGGUGAAUAUGGUGAGACGCAGUCUGGAAUCGUGCCGGUGGCUUCCGCAGAAUCCUUGCCUCACUUUUUGGUUGAGCCGGAGGACGUGUACAUUGUAAAAAACAAGCCUGUGACCUUGGUGUGCAAAGCCAUCCCGGCCACACAGAUCUACUUCAAGUGCAAUGGGGAAUGGGUUCACCAAAUGAACCAUGUCACGAAAGAGACUGUAGAUAAAGCCACAGGGCUCAUGGUGCUGGAGGUGAGAACCGAUAUCUCCCGACAACAGGUGGAGAAGAUGUUUGGAUUGGAGGAAUAUUGGUGCCAGUGUGUGGCCUGGAGCACGUCAGGGACCACAAAGAGCCAGAAGGCUUUCAUCCGGAUCGCGUAUCUUCGGAAGAACUUUGAACUGGAGCCCAUUGGGAAAGAGGUGGCGUUAGAUCAAGAGGUUUUACUGCACUGCCGUCCUCCGGAGGGCAUUCCCUCAGCCGAGGUGGAAUGGUUGAAGAACGAGGAGCUGAUUGACCUGGUUGAAGACUCUAAUGUCUACGUGACUGUGGACCAUAACUUGAUCAUCAGAGAAGCUCAACUUUCGGACACCGCCAAUUACACGUGUGUGGCCAAGAAUAUCGUAGCCCGGCGCAGGAGCACCACGGCAAAUAUUACCGUCUACGUGAACGGAGCCUGGUCCCCAUGGACAGGCUGGUCAGCCUGCAGCAGCCCCUGUGGCCGGGGCUGGCAGAAACGCACACGUACGUGUAGCCGCCCGAGCCCUCAGAACGGCGGCUCUGUCUGCGACGGGCAAAACACACAGACGACGAUCUGCACCAUCCUGUGCCCAGUGGACGGGGGCUGGGCUGAGUGGAGCGGCUGGACUGCCUGUGGGCCGGAAUGUGCACAGAGGAGAAGCAGAGAGUGUGGAGAGCCUGCCCCGAGGAAUGGAGGCAAGGAAUGUGUCGGCCUCAGCUCAGAGCUCCAGAAUUGCACGAGCAGCCUAUGCCCACAUACCUCGGUGGCGACUGAUGACAUCGCAUUGUACUCUGGGGUCGCGACGGUCACUGUGUGUCUCACACUGUUGCUCGUCGUCGUUGUCCUCGUCUAUCGGAGGAAACAGCAGGACUUUGACUCGGAUGUCACUGAUUCUUCAAUAUUAACAACAGGAUUCCAACCGGUCAACGUCAAAACUCCUAAACAAGAUAAUUCCCAUUUGCUUACAAUCCAGCCUGACCUCACAGCCGCCUCCAUGUACCACUCGCGGCAGGAAAUCUCUGACAAGAUCCCGGUGAAUAAUUCCGCUCUGCUGGGGCCCCUCGUCAACCACCAGCACUCUCUGCGCAACGGCACGUCUCGCUCAGCCACAGCGGACAUCAUGAGCAGACUCUCCAUGCAGAUGAACACCAAGUCUCUGAUGAGGGACACUUCCAAUACCUCCUUUGGCACCUUUAACUUCCUAGGUGGCCGUCUCACCAUUCCCAACACGGGGGUAAGUUUACUCGUCCCCCCAGAAGCCAUCCCUCGGGGAAAGAUGUACGAGCUAUAUCUUACCGUGCAUCAGAAAGAGAACGUGAGGUUACCUCUAGCAGGAUGUCAGACCCUGCUCAGCCCCAUUGUCAGCUGUGGCCCCCCUGGUGUUUUGCUCACCGGCCCCGCUAUUCUCAGCAUGCAGCACUGCGCUGAGGCCAGCGCAGAAAACUGGGCCGUCACACUGAAGAAGCAGUCACCGCAAGGCAACUGGGAGGAGGUGUUACAUCUCGGGAAGGAGACUCCAGCCAGCCCUUACUAUUGCCAGCUGGACGGUCAGAUGUCGCACAUAUUUACCGAAGCGCUAGGCAAGUACACACUGGUGGGGGAAUCACUGAACGUGACCGCAGAGAAACGUCUGAGACUCGUCCUGUUUGCACCGGGAACCUGCACUUCACUAGAGUAUAACGUUCGGGUCUACUGUCUGGAGGACACUCAGGAUGCUUUGAAGGAAGUGAUGCAGUUGGAGAAGCAGCUAGGGGGACAACUCAUUGAAGAGCCAAAGAUCUUGCACUUUAAAGACAGUUACCACAACCUGCGCCUUUCCCUCCACGACAUACAACCAGCUCUCUGGACAAGUAAGCUGCUGGACAGCUAUCAGGAAAUUCCAUUCUAUCACAUUUGGAGUGGUUUCCAGAGGAACCUGCACUGCACCUUCACCCUGGAACGCUCAAGUCUAGCCACCACCGAGCUGGUCUGUAAAAUCUGGGUCUGGCAGGUGGAAGGAGAAGGGCAAAGCUUCCAAGUCCACUUUAACAUCAUAAAGGAUGCCAGGCAGAGCGAUUUUCAGUUCAUGGAGCCGACCAACUGUGUCACGUCAUUAGCGGGGCAGUGUGCGUUCAGGAUCCCUUACCUGAUCAGGCAGAAAAUCUGCAGCAGUCUAGACGUCCCCAAUUCCAGGGGCAGUGACUGGAGGAUGCUGGCGUACAAACUCAAACUGGAGCGGUAUCUGAAUUAUUUUGCGUCUAAAGCCAGUCCUACCUCGGUCAUUCUCGACUUGUGGGAAGCUCAGCAUUUUCACCAUGGCAACUUGAACCAUCUAGCCACCAUCAUGGCCGAAAUGGGCAAGCAAGAGCCAAUGAUCUUCAUGGUGUCGGAGGCAGAGUGCUGAGUCUUAAGCAAAAAUAAUAAACAAAAUGCAAUUCUUGAAGAGGCAAAAGAGUGGUAGGUAAGUGACCGACUGGUGAAGUGAGAAGGGAAUUGGAUGCAGAAGGUGGUCUGACCCGUUCACAUCAGCGAGCCAACACAAACACCCACCACCCAAAAAAAAGUCUCCAAAGCAGGACCUUGACAAGUUAACAUCCGAACAUUGGACUUUUUUUUUUGCUCCACUUGUUGAAAAAAGACGUUUAAACACUUCCCACUUGCUACAACAGGAAUUAAUAUACACACGGCAGCUCACGCCAACAGCAACGCUUCAUGUAUGACGUCCGUCACUUGCAUAUUUUCGCUCGAAAGAGACGUUGGGAAUCCAUGUUUUGUAGCGUGUUCUGGUAGUUUAACCUUACAAAGUGUUUUAAAGAGAUUCUGUCAAAUGGUGUGCAAUUCUUUUCCAAUCUCCUUGCUUCUUCCUGUCAUGUGCUGUAUAAUGCUGUAAAAAAAACUAUUGCUAUGAAGAGGUGACAUGGCAUUUAUUUAGCGUAACUCCUUAUUCGCAGCACUUUGCCUUUGAGGACUGACUCUUGUGUUCAAAGAUGUUUGUGAGAUAUGUUGACAUUGUAUCAGUAGUGCCCUUCAUCACCUCCUAGAGAUGCCUCUUUAAUUUAACCCUCCCAUGACUGAAUUGACAUCUCAGCCACGCACGAUCAAAAGAAAAGCAAGACAGCGCAAAUUUCUGUCCUCCAAUUUUAUUUUCAAAAGCAAAAACAGCCGAACAUUUCCUCACCACGU